AUGUCAUCAACGCCAGUGGCCAUCUUUGAUGUUGCACUUGUGGGUGAUUACGCCAGUGGAAAAUCUUCUUUUAUCAAUCGAUUUAUUAUGGAUCCGAAAUUCGUGUAUCCCCAAAGUACUUGGAGGACCUGUAAUUAUCACAUACUAUCAUUUGAAACCACACGAGGAGAAAUUCAUUUACGAGUUUGUGAUUCGUUAGGACAGGAGCGAAUGGGUGGAUUACGAGACGGAUUUUAUAUCAACAAACAAGCUGCAAUAAUUAUGUUUGAUGUCACCAAUCGAUCUUCUUUUAAAAACACUUCCUACUGGCAUCGUGACAUUGUGAGAGUGUGUGGAGAAACAAUUCCAAUAGUUCUAUGUGGAAAUAAGGUGGACUUACUCAAACAGAGGAAAGUGAAAUCGUUUUAUCAUGUGAAGUAUGGUCCGAAAUUACCAUAUUUUGAAGUAUCUGCUCUUGCCAAUUGUAAUAUUGAACAACCCAUGUUGUAUUUAAUGAGAAAAUUGAUGAACGAUGAUCAAUUGAAUCUCAUUAAGAACAUUGAUACAAUUCCUCCAUCUGUAACUAUUGAUCCAGAAUAUUUUGUAAUUUUGGAAAAAGAAUGGUGGAAACAAAAAGAGAUGGAACUCUUUCAAGUAUAUGAGCAAAAUAUCAUCUUCUUUGGUAGAAUUGAAAGAAUGAUCCUUCAUCAUCAUUGUUCUCCUCACUAUUCAGAUAUUGACAUUAUUUCGUAUCCACCAAGUUGGGAUGUUCCAUAA